GAGAAGCAAACGACUAAAUGAAACACAUGUUUGACUUUCGUAAUCAUCAAUCAUAUCAUUAGUUUAAGACAACAAUAAAAUUAUUGCAUUUUUAAUAUAAUUUAUUUAAUCAAAAGUCGAGAUAAAUGAUUGAAAUCGUCGUAUAUUUCGAUGAAAAGUGUUUACAAUAAGACGUUUCGGUCACAAAAUGACUACAAAUCGGUUAAAUACGAGAGACUUAGCGAUCCGACGGCCAUCACUGCCAACGAUGACGAGGACCAGACAUUUGAGCUCAAGAAUCGACAACGAGUUUCACCGAAACGAUCGCAAACUGAGGCCGAGUCGCUGGUUGAGUACAUCCCAUAUUGGGUCCAAUCGGGUGAUACAUUGCGUGCCAUUGCCUUACGCUACGGCUGUUCCGUGUCUCAGAUCAAGCAAAUCAAUCAUAUUAUGUCUGACCACGAGUUCUACGGACUCCGCACUGUACGGCUUCCGGUCAAGAAGUACGGCAUACUUAGCGAUGUUUUAGUCCAUCAAAUUCAUAGCCAACUGACGACAGCUGAUCCUAACGACAGUAGCAAACACUUGGACGACGAUCACAUGUCUUCAUCAUCUGAUGGCAACAGUUCAUCGUUGACCGUCAAUAUCGGUAUAUCACAGCAUUUGGGCCCAAACAACGGCACUAAACUUGAAAAUAAAUUCUUGUCACAUAUGGAUGAAGAUCUCAAAAGAAUUAGAGAAUCGACACAAACAGUGAUCGAGAGCUCAGACAUCACUAAUUUGGAGCAAUCAUUAGCUGUCGAUGAAAAUGUAAUUCAAUUUAUCGGCCAAAAGAAAUCGCAAAGAAGUGCCUUUAGUUGUGAUGAAUCAGAUUAUGGCAUCAAUUGGUGUAAUCUAUUGCUAUUGGCAUUUGUCGUAUGCUUUUUAUUGCCAGUUAUUUAUGUUAUAUAUCAUAGUGAAACUCAUAGUGAAAUUAAUAAUCAUAACAAUACUUUAGAUAAUUAUUAUCAUCACAUUCAUAGUCAUCACUAA